AUGAUGUCCCUGCUGACUGGAGAGGUUCCUGUAAGGUGUGACGAUGUCACCGUCUAUUUCUCCAUGGAAGAGUGGGAGUAUUUAGAAGGACACAAGGAGCUUUACAGGGACGUGAUGAUGGAGACCCACCAGCCCCGCGGCUCUCCGGACGCAUCCGAGGUCAGAGAUCGAGUCCCUAAUUCUCCGCUGGACUGUAAGACGUCUCAUUUUAUUAAGGAGGAAUCCGCCUCAUGUGAAGAGACAGACAUUUGUGACCCGGCGGAGUCUCCACAGACAGAGCUCACAUCGACUCGUAAUGAGGACGGAUCCCCCUCAGAUGAAGACGGAAAUGUCUCAGCCCCCGAUACACACACAGAGCACGACGGGGGGGAUAAUACGUCUGUCCACGUAAAGGAGGAAUCCGCUUCCAAUGAAGAUUAUUGGAUCCCAACCGAACACAAGGGAUCUACUUCUACUGAUAAAACCCAAACCAGUAACACACAUUUUCAGUGUGAAACACCCCCCGAUGAGGGUACAUAUAGCUGCCCCGAGUGUCAGGAACGGUUUACCAGCGACUCUGAUCUUCUUCUACAUCAGACCAUCCAUAAUAGAUCGGUGGCCUCCUCUCUGGACUGCUGGAGAACUUCUCAUUCUGAAUCUCAGCUCAUUAGGCAUCAGCAUAUUCAACAUCUCAGAAUUCACACUGGGGAGAAGCCUUAUUCCUGUUCAGAGUGUGGGAAAUGUUUUAAAAGUAACUCACACCUUGUUCAACAUCUCAAAAUUCACACACAGGAGAAACCUUAUUCCUGUCACCAGUGCGGGAAGAGUUUUAACAGGAACUCAUACCUUGUUCGACAUCUCAGAAUUCACACUCAGGAAAAGCCUUAUUCCUGUUCCGAGUGCGGGAAAUGUUUUACUGUAAACUCGAACCUUGCUCGACAUUUCAGAAUUCACACCGGGGAGAAGCCUUAUUGCUGUUCUCAGUGCGGGAAAUGUUUUAGAUGUAACACACACCUUGUUCAGCAUUUCAGAAUUCAUACUGGGGAGAAGCCUUAUUCCUGUGCUGACUGUGGAAAAUGUUUUAAAAGUAACUCAAACCUUGGUCAACAUCUCAAAAUUCACACCGGGGAGAAGCUAUAAGAGUGUGAGGACUGCAGCAGAUUUUAUAGUUUAAAAAAAAGCAUCUGUGUCC